UGUUGUGCAGCGAGUCUUUUUUGACUUCGAGUUUGAAAUGCAUCUUGCCAACGUUCCUUGCCAUGAUUCUGGAAACAGCUAUGACUAUGGGUCGAACAUGUUCUUUGUUUACAGACCACCCUCGGCCUCGUCUGUGUUUGCAGGCCAUUACUCUGUUAUAAGUAAAUAUAACGCCAAAAUUCCGAAAUAUCCUUUAUCUGGUGGAUUUGCUUGCACCCAUGCUGCUCAGCCCACUGCAACAUAGUCUUUUGUAUCCGUGUGAGGAACGGAUUCUACAUUUCAACUGAGAUCGUGUGGUUAUCAUUUAUACCGCGAUGUCUUCUGAGGUUCCGGACGGCUGGAAGACUGAAGUCAUUGUGAGGAAGUCUGGGAAAACCCGAGGUCACUCUGACACAUAUUUCUACAGCCCGUCAGGGAAGAAGUUUCGUUCACUGCGAUCCGUUAGAGCCUACCUUGAAUCGUUGCAGCAUCCUGCUACAUCUGGGCAAGCACUGCACGGUACUGAUGGAGUAGAGCAGCAUGCAAGUGUUGGUGGUACUGACUCCACACAGAAAAAUGCCGCUUAUGUGUCUGCUCUUACCAUUCACAAGGAACCUGUUGUGCAGGUAGACGCGUCAUCCCUCCCGGCGGGUAGUGCAGCUUUUACGCAUGGUGGAGCUUCAGAUAACCCUGCAUUACCUUCUUGUGACGCUGUGCCAAUUUCUGAUGAAGCGUGCUGUGCUGUAGGAUCAGAGGUUCACAGUUUGGCAGUGUCCGAUAUGACUACGGCUGCAGUUUCAGAUGAUCAGGAUAUACCAUGUACUCCGCCACCUGCAACACAGUCAGACAAUACAUCAAGUGCGUUGCCAUCCUCGGCUAGUAGCCCGUACUUUUCACAGUCAUCGCGUGCAAGGAAGGCGAGCGGUGCUGCAGUACAGCCUCAGCUGACGUGCACCAAGACGUUUACUUUGAAGUAUGUACCACCCCGCUCGCCAUACAAUCUUAUCCAAGAAAGCUUGUUCCAUGAUCCAUGGAAGCUACUCGUGGCUACCAUCUUCCUGAACAAAACUAAUGGCAAACUUGCCAUACCGAGAAUGUGGGAGUACUUCAAGAUGUGUUCCACACCACAGGAGGGAUGUGUUGCUGAUCGGAAAGCUGUUGAAGCAUUGCUUGAACCGUUGGGCCUGUCAAAGAAACGAGCUGAAACCCUCGCUCGUUUUUCAAAUGAAUUCAUCACCAAGACGUGGCAUUAUCCCAACGAACUUUAUGGUAUUGGCAAGUAUGGAAACGAUUCAUACCGCAUAUUUUGCCUUGGAGAAUGGAAACAGGUGCAGCCACGUGAUCACAAGCUGAAUGACUACCAUCGGUGGUUGUGUAAACAACAUGGCUACACCCCUGACAUGGCUCUGUGAGAUGAUAUCAGCACAUUCCUAGUAGAACUCUAUACCAUACCAGCAGUAUGUGAACUGAAGUGAUUUGUGAGAAGUUGAGAAGCACCGGCGGGGAUGGACUGCCAGUGAUCUUUUCGGAAAGUGUCCGUGUUCAGGUGAUUCUACUCUCUC